GGGGGGGGUUGGUGGUGAAGGUGGUCUUGAAAUCUCCCAAAUUCUCAAUAACGGCGGAGGGAGGGUUAGCGAAGAAGAAUGGAGAUGAUGCAGCAGGAGGAGGUGGCGGCGGCGGCGGCAGCAGCUAAUAAGGCUGGAUCGGAGGUAACUCAAAACCAGACGAUUUACAUCAAUAAUCUCAACGAAAAAGUUAAGCUCGAUGAGGUGAAGAAGUCGCUGAAGGAAGUGUUCUCAGCGUACGGAAAGAUAGUGGAGGUGUUGGCGUUUAAGACAUUGAAGCACAAAGGACAAGCUUGGGUUGUGUUCGACAAUCCCGAAUCUGCUUCCAAUGCUAUCUCCAAGAUGAAUGGAUACCCCUUCUACAACAAACCCAUGAGAAUACAAUUUGCAAAAACAAAAUCAGAUGUUAUCGCCAAGGCCGAUGGUACUUUUGUUCCUCGCGAGAAACGAAAGCGACACGAGGAGAAAGGUGGUAAGAAAAAGAAAGAGCAGCACCAUGAUUCUACACGUGUGGCCAUGCCAGCAUAUCCUGGUGUCUAUGGAUCUGCACCUCCUCUUUCCCAAGUACCAUACUCUGGUGGUGGUGGUGGUGUGAAAAGCAAUCUUCCGGAGGCGCCGGCACCCCCAAACAACAUCCUCUUUGUCCAACACCUUCCUCACGACACCACUCCUGAGAUUCUUCAGAAUCUCUUCGACAAGUACCAUGGCUUCAAGGAGGUUAGGAUGGUUGCAGCCAAGCCUGGUAUUGCCUUUGUUGAGUUUGCUGAUGAGAUGCAGUCUACGGUUGCCAUGCACGGACUGGAAGGUUUCACCAUUCAGCAAACCCCUAUGCGCAUCACCUAUGCUAAGAAAUAAACACCAUUUGGUGGUUGUAGUAUUGUCUUUGCAUCUCUGUCUUCUGUUUUUUGUUGGAGAUUUUUAUAUAUUACAAUUAUCUAACUUAUAAAACUUUCAUCCAGUUAAACAACAGAGACAAUUUGCCUUUUUAACGGGCUUUUAUUGACCCAAUUUAUCUUUA